AUGGACUUCAUCCUAAGAGAAUCUCAGAAAAGGGAAGCUGUAAAACACAAGAGUCAGUCAUUUUCUUACUCGGAGGUUCUCCGUAUCACAAACAAUUUUGAAACUGCUAUUGGAGAAGGAGGGUUUGGGAAAGUUUACCUUGGCACUUUAGAAGAUGCUACAAAGGUUGCUGUUAAGUUACUUUCUCCAUCUUCAAGGCAAGGCUUUAAGGAAUUUCAAUUAGAGGCUCAACUCUUAACAGUCAUUCAUCAUAGAAACCUGGUUUCAUUUAUUGGGUUUUGUAAUGAAAACGACAUCAAAGCGUUGGUUUAUGAAUAUAUGGAUCUUGGAGACCUCAGCGGACUAUUGGCAGGAUUGGAAUAUCUUCAUCAUGGCUGUAAGACUCCCAUAAUUCAUAGAGACUUAAAACCAUCCAAUAUUCUGUUAAAUCAAUCCAGGGUAGCCAAGCUUGCUGAUUUUGGAUUAUCUAGAGCAUUUAAAAAUGAAAGAGACACUCAUCUAUCAACUCAACCAGCUGGUACACCUGGUUAUAUUGAUCCUGAAUUUCAAAUGUCUGGAAACGUAAACAAAGAAAGUGACAUCUAUAGUUUCGGUAUGAUUCUUCUUCAACUGAUCACAGGCCAUCCACCGGUAAGAAGAGAACUUGAGGAUAUAUGUUUCAUCAUUGAUUGGAUCUGUCCAAAAAUUGAGUGUGGGGAUAUCCAAGGCAUUGUUGAUCUAAGGUUGGCAGGUGAAUUCAAUGUUAGUUCUGCAUGGAAAGCUGUGGAGACGGCAAUGUCAAGCAUUGCGCCACGGUGCGCCGAAAGGCCAGACAUUAGUUAUGUGUUGCAUGAACUAAAGGAAUGUUUAGCUAUGGAGAUUGGUCUUUCCAAUUCAAAUGGUAUGCCAUGCCAUCCAAUCAAUCAUUCUGGGAAUCUUGAUUCAAUCACUAUCCUCUCAGCUAGGUAG